AUGAACAUCUUUACUAAGGUCCCAGGAUUAGCCCAACAAACCAGCAAGCUGGGGUCUGUUCUCCAACGUGCCUUCUACGGCUCCAGUGGAAGGGUGACUCUUUUCGAGCAGCGGAACUUUGCGGGCAGGCGUCUGGACCUGAGCUCCGACUGCCCGCGGCUGAGCGAGAAGAACUUCCCGGACAGAUGUAACUCUGUGCAGGUGGAGAGCGGAGCAUGGAUAGGCUACGAACACGAGAACUUCCGGGGCCGUCAGUACCUGUGGGACAUGUCGGACCGGGGGGAGUACAACUGUUACGACAAGUGGUGCGCUCAGGUGGACCACAUCGCCUCCGUCCGUGCUGUCAGACAGGAGAACAGCCCGCCCCGGGCCCAGCUCUUUGAGAGGGCCGGCUUCUCCGGGAAGAAGACGGAGAUCCAGGACGACAUCCCCAACCUGAUGAGCCGCUACAGCCUCAACCGGGCCGCCUCCAUCCGCGUCCUGGGGGGAGCGUGGGUGGUCUACCAGGAGCCAAACUACAGGGGUCCCCAUUACGUUCUGGAGAAACGCGACUACAACAGCUCAUCAGACUGGGGGAGUCAGGGCAACAUGGUGGGCUCCAUGCGGAGAGUCCGCUUCAAUUAA